AUGCUUGCCGCUAUACUGCUAUUUUCUUCCUUUUCACUCAGUACGGUUAUAUCCGAAGAAGAGAAGAAGAUCGAUUCUAACCAACCACUUAUACUCACAGUAUCGCCGAAAAUUUGGAAUCUUCUCGAAACAAGAGCAAACUUUGUCAACGGUGGCGUGACGGAAAUUACAUUUCCUGAAUUCAGCGGAAAGGUUGGGCUACAACCUGUGAAAGCUAAGCUCGCCGUGGCAGGGAUGCUUAGUUUGGGGAAAAGUCUUUUUGCCACUCCAACAUAUUCACUGCCUUAG